AUGAAGUUCCUAGUCGUGUGUGUUUUUAUUAUUGUUGCUGGAGCUUCUGGUAGGUUUAUACAGGGUCAUUAGAAAAAUUUGAAGGAAAGUAAAAGCUUCGUACUCAAAAACUAGGAGUACUAAAAAGCUGAUUCUUUUUUUAAAUGAUACCCAAUAGUGGGCCAUUUUGGAAUUUUACUGUUUUAGUCGAGUUCUGCGGACGGUCGGCGGAGGCUCGGCGGAGACGCAAAAUGUGGCAGAUUCGUCCUUCAAAAUCUUCAAAUUUGCUAAAUUUUCUGUUUCUCAUUUUGCGUCUCCGUCGAUCCUCCGCCGACCGUCCGCCGGCCUCGACCAAAACAGUAAAAUUCCAAAAUGGCCCACUAUUGGGUACUAUAUAAAAACAGAAUCAGCUUUUUAGUGCUCCUAGUUUACGAGUACGAAGCUUUUACUUUCCUUCAAAUUUCUCUAAUGACCCUGUAUAUUGUUUUAGACUGUUAUAAUGGCUAAAAAGCUAUCGUAAAGAAAGUUAUUGCGGUUUUUUAAAACUUAAAAAAUUUUUGAAGAAGUAUUUUUUAGUUUGAAUGUAUAAGGUCUGCUUUUAGUAGUAAAUUAAGCUUUACUUGGCGGUCUGCAGGCUGCGGGUGACAUGUUAUACGAUGAAUCAUGCUUUUUCUCCUAGCUUUUUAAAAACGUUUAAAAAUGGUUUUUUUAAAAAGAUAUAACAGCUUUUUGUUAUAAAAAUUUAAUUUCAGCCUCUCAGCCCAAUCCACCUUCUCCAGGUCUUGUCGAGGGGGCUAGUUUACAAUGCACCUUAUGCAAAUAUACGACUGACUAUGUAUGCUCGACCUUUAUGAAUCCCUACUCAAAUACGACUCAAAAGUUUGCUGACACUUUGACGACCGGAUUCAAGGCGCUAUGUCACGGAAUGCUGGGGGAUGGGGCGGAUUGUUGCGAUGAUGGAGACACUGUUAAAGGAAAUAUUAUGCAACUUUUAGUGAUAGCUGGCUCACGGGUCUCCACUAUUUGUCAUGUAAGUAUAAUAAUAAAAAAGGUAGGGUGGCUAAUGCUAAGGCUAAAGCUAAGGGUAAGGCUAAAGCUGAGGCUAAGGCUAAGGCUCAGGCUCAGGCUAAGGCUCAGGCUAAUCCUAAGGCUAAGGCUAAGGCUAAAGCUAAGGCUAAGGCUAAGGCUAAGGCUAAGGCUAAGGCUAAGGCUCAGGCUAAGGCUAAGGCUAAGGCUGAGGCUAAGACUGUAGUUAGAGCUAGAGCCCUGGGCUGGGACUGAUAUUAAAUAAAUUGUUAAAUUUUGUAAAUUCAAAUUUCUAGGACUUUGUCAGCGACGAAUGCGAUGAAGUGAUCCCAUCUUGUGUAAUCGAGUUGAGAAACCCAUUGUUGGCUUUUAAAUCGACCAAAGUCUCUGAACCAAGUGUUCGUAUGGUCGUUGAGGCCUUGUACAAGUCGGCUCCAAGCAUGAACAAAUAUUGCAAAAGCGAACAACUUAUUCAAGACAUUUUGAAGUCUCAAUAA